CUGAAAUUGCCCGUCGCACGCGUCCUCUUUGUAUCUCCCUCCUCUUGACCUCUGUCUCACGACCAGAAACCUGUGGGCGCUGCGCCAAUUGGCACACGAAGUGCUUGUUGUCCACAACGUGCAGCAUUCAACCAUGUUCAGCUGCGACCCAAUAUAAUCCACCCGCAGACCAACCAUGGCAGCAACAACUUUACCCGUGCCCACUGGGCUUCCAUCCCCGCGCUCCCCUACUCUUUCAGACGCUUGUAUGAUACUCCCAGAGGUUGAUGCUCUGCGCAGUCUUUCGCCGAGCCCAUACGUCGAGCGCCCGCCGAGUCCCUCCAGUCUGCUCUACUCGCACUCCAAUCGUUCCACGCACUCUAUCAAGCUGGCAUCUGCGCCCCAAGGACGUCGCGGCCCUUCACCUCAAAUCAAGUCGCCGCCUCUCUCAACGCAGUCGUCACGCUCGACGCUGCGCACUACGAUGACUGAUUCCGACGUUGCGUCGAAAAAGCACCGUCUGCGCGACGAUGUGCUGGCCUCAUCCCCGACCAUCGGAUCCUCUUUGCCAACACCCACCAUGGAUAACAACUGGCAAGGGAACCAGCAGCGCAGGAUGAGCAAUACGUCGAGUCUGCACAGUGAGGAUCUCGAGAAUAUGAAGUGGCCCGGGUUCGAUGGGCCGGGAGGAUUCGACUUUGACGACAGCGGUGUGGUGCUGGACGACGCCGAAGAGCACGACCAGUUCCCCAUUACAGCCAAUGGGGAGGAGGAUAUGGACAACGAUCGAUGGUUCGACGGACAAUCUGAUGCUGAGGACGACAUGUACUCCUCUGCGGCGCUCAGCAGACGAGCUGAAAUCAUUCUGGCUAAUGCCAAGAAACGGUUGAACGUUAUGGAAGGGAACUUACGAGGCGCCCGACAGUCUCUUGUAGUCUCCCCGACCUUCAACACGAUGAAGAUGGCCUCGGAACUCUCGCACCAACUCUCCGCGGCUCGUGAACGAGACAGGCGAUUAUACGGUGGAAUUGGGCCCAUACCUCCGAGGACGAAGCAAUACUAUUCCUCUCCAUUAUCGGCGAAUGGCAAUAGUCCUGGCCACUCACGAGUGCUCAGCGAGACUUCCGUACCGGCACCCUUCCCGCCUUCAAACUUUAGCAGAAUCAAUCCCGGCAAACGAGCGUCGAGCGCAAUGGGGCUUGCAAGUGGGCCGUGGUCUCCAGAAUGUUAUGGUCAAGGCCGGUUUCCGAUUAGGGAAUCACGAAGUUAUGAAGUUAUGCGCGAGCGCCGCGGGACCAAUGAGGACCAGGACCACUCCUUGCGUUCCUACUCUAGGGGAUCAAAAUCUCCCCCUAACACCCUUGAGACGUUAAAAGAAGAUGAUGACGGGUCUAAGCUCCGCCGCUCAGAAUCUAUGACCACGGAUCUGCGGUCUCAAAUGAACGAUUUGAAAGGCAGAAUUUCGAGUCUCAAGCAACGAGCGAAAGAAGAUCAUCUCCGCCGACGCAGCUUACAGAGCUUACGCACUCCAAGCCCGUUUACCUCUGCGGAGAUUUGGUAUGCAGGAGCACAGGCUUACAAAAGUGGCGGUUCUCCCGUGACUGCAGAUGCUGGCGUGGGGAUCAAAACAGAAUCACCUGUUCGAAAAGCGCUGUACGAAGAUGAAGAGAGUAGCCCAUCUACUCCUAGGCUCACCCCUAGUGAGAGCCCAAGAAACGUGGGAUCUCCCAAGGAGACCAAUGUCAUACCCGAGCAGCAAGAGCCUGAAGACAUCGAAGACUAUCCCACUAGCCACUACGAAGAUGCUGAAGAUUUCCAGCUAGAGGCACCUCAGGCAGAAGAUGAAGGUUUAGGCCAAGAAAAAGACGAAGAUGACAUGGACGAUAUUGACUUCGUGUCAGUUGAGGGCGAGGAUGCGGAGCCGCAAGGCGACAGUGUCUACGAAGAUGCCGUGUACGAAAUGCCUGUUGCGGCACGUCACGAAGACCGGGUAGACGCCUUCGACUAUGAACACUUCUUCCUCCACAGCGCUAUGGGAACCUAUAGCUCAGCAAGUCGCAGAUCGAGCUCAAGCUCUGGCUCAUCCGUUGCAACUACCCGUCCAGUAACGACGGCCUAUGACCGCCAAGCAUCCACAAACUCUGUCAAGAGAAUAUCACUUCAUCAGCGGAACUCGAGCGUGGAUUCUGUGUCGACAAUAGCAUCUUUUGCUACCGCCGCGGAGGAACAGUCUGAUGAAGAGGACGACAACAACGAGGUGAUGGAUCAGUUUUCGCAACAGUUUAAUCACACGGUUACACAACGUAACGAUGCACAGCACUUAAAUACUUCUCCCCGCUCAGAUUCCGCAAUCAACAUGCGAGCAAACGGCACGAAAUCUCCUGGUCAAACCUCGACUCCCCGUGGGCCAUCUCCUCCCGAUGAUCUCGCGAGCGGGCUUCAAACUUCCAAACUCUUCAGUACCCUUCUCGAGACUCCACCAUCAAAAUCUAAACCCAAACUCGCCCUAAACGAAGAAGAAAAACAGCUAGUCUAUAGCCUUGCGGCGAGUUUCCAGCAGGUGUGUACGAAUCUCCAAAGCGUUGAAGGCGAUCAGUACGAGCGCAAGGAGUGGAGAAGACGACUCGACGAAGCGCGACGAGUCCUCAAUGGUGAGGAAUUCCAUGGGCAGCCUUUCUAAUUUCUAAUUAUACCUACAUUUCUUUUCUCCUUCCUUUUGUAUGAAGAGCUUUUUUUAUUGUGGUUGGUUGGUUGGUACUUUGAGAGAUAUAAUCCUUCUCUUUCCUGUGCAGCACUUUAGCGAUACUUGUUUCCGUCUCUGUCUCUUUGUUCUAUAUGUUUGUCUGUAGAAAAUGGUCCCUGUUUUAGAUGGUUGUAAUCAGCUUCGCGUAUAGUUUCUUUUGUAUCUAUCACAUCACAUCAUGUUUACUUUUUCUUUGCACACAAACGACCGAAUAAACGAGUGGAUGGCAGAACGGGCGACCACUGCUGUUCGCAGCAACGGCAACGGCAGCUUCCGCUACUUUAGCUUCAAGGACAAGCAUUUCCUUUUCCUUGUCUGUGCCUUUUCAAUUGUAGACGGAACUUUCUUCACUGCUGAAGCUAGCUGGAUACGAUAGUAUUGAUACCCUGGGGAAUGUUGUAGUUG